CGACAGCUUGUGGCAAUUUGUUGUGGCGCGUGGGGCAGUGAGGUUGUCUUCAUGUCUAAUCAUUGAUGAAGAGAAGAUUGUCCGUUUGCUGAAGUUAGGUGGUGAAAGAAAUUCAACGUCUCAUCACAAUCUAAUGUUUUGGGAGUCUCGUGAGAUUUGGCUCCGAAUGAUUUAAUUGCAAGUGAAAAUUGUGUCCAGUGAGGUCAUUUCAUCUCCAGAAUAGCAUCAAAAGGGCCCCUGAGUUCUUCCUAUCAUGUGGAGAACUGUGUGCAGUACCAUAAGUGUGGUCUAACCAAAGAUCAGUACAAGCUUGAGAAGGUUAACGCUUGACACCCUUGAAGAGGAACUUACGAGUGAAGAAUCAUGAAAUUGCUCUGAUGGCUAAGGCAGACUCAUUUUUAUAAGUGAGUCCAAUACAAAGAGACAUGGAAGGAAAUCAACAAAUUACUUUUGUUAAAAUCAGUGAAGACAAAUGUAUUUCAAAGUCUGAACUGUUAAUGCUUCUAAAAACCUACAACUGCUACCAAGAAGGGAAGAGUUUCCAAUUAAGACAUCGAGAGGAUGAAGCAGAGCUGAUCAUUGAGGGCCUUUUGAACAUAUCCUGGGGGCUAAGAAGACCAAUAAGACUUCAGAUGCAUGACGAUAAUGAGCGCAUGUGUUUCUCAGGCUCCAAGCUGCUUCGAUUAGGACAACAGACUGGUUUGUACAAAAAAGGAACAAUAUCACAGGCAUUGACAAGUGCCAGCUCACAUGAAGCCGAAAAUGAAGCAACAAAUAAGGAUGACUUUCCACAAAACAUGAGCAGCAGGAGCAUUGCAGAGUCCGACACCAACAAUUCUGAAGAUGAAGUUCCACAGCUCAUGCGAACAAAAAGUGAUGCCAGCUCUUUGAUACAGCGCAGAACAAAAUAUCGCACAUCAGGUGAAAAUCAACGCAUAAAACGGCACAGGUUCUCCAUCAAUGGGCACUUUUACAAUCACAAGACCUCUGUGUUUACACCAGCCUAUGGGUCUGUGACCAAUGUCCGAGUGAAUAGUAGCAUGAACACUUCACAAGUACUGAAUUUACUGCUCAACAAAUUUAGGGUGGAAAAUCCUGCAGAUGAAUUUGCUUUGUAUGUUGUCCAUGAAAGCGGAGAGAGAACAAAAUUAAAAGAUUCCGAAUACCCACUUAUAUCACGGAUCUUGCAUGGCCCCUGUGAAAAAAUUGCACGAAUAUUCCUGAUGGAGAAGGAUCUCGGGGAAGAGGUCACCUAUGAUGUUGCUCAGUAUAUUAAGUUUGAAAUGCCAGUCCUUGAUAGUUUUGUUGAAAAACUGAAGGAAGAGGAAGAAAGGGAGAUUAACAAACUAACCGUAAAAUACAGUGCAUUGAGAUCCAUGAUACAUCAGCAGUUGGAAGACCUCACAGAGACUGAAGACUAUAUUUGAACAACCUGCAUCUUUAAAAACACUAAAGCACUAGGAAUCCAGUUUGGACGAUUUCUUCUAAACAAUGAAUCUAAAACAAAAGCUUUGUUUUACAUGUUUGAUUUGUUCAAAAUUACAUUGACAUCUUUUACCAUGAGUUUUUCAUAUUGUGAUUUUUUUUGCUGUUUAUUGAAAAGCUUUUUUUUCUGGUAAAUAUUCUUUGAAUUAACAUUUUAAUAAUGUAUAACGCUUCUGCAGAAAAUCACUUUUGUACUUUAAACACUGCCUUAAUUACUAUUUUUUAAAGAAAAAUUCUGUAAAACUGAGCUGUUAUUUGACCAAAGCAAGGCUUUAUGAGUGUGGAUGUAUAAUUCAAGAGGAAUGCUUUUUUCAGGAUUUGAACUGUUAUUUGAAUUACUACAUUGGCACUCCUUGGUAAUAUGGAUAAGUUUCAUUUAGUCUGUACCUUUGAAUGUCAGGCCUCACAUAUGUUGGGAUAAAGAUACUGCAGCCUUGUCUCAAGUAACAGUAAAAAUUAACUACCUUACAA